UGCUGACACGUUUUUUGUACCGAAACUUUUUACAGAAAAAUAAAAUAAAAUUCAGACAGAAAUAGAAAUCGAGUUUUGAAAUAAUUUAUUUCAUAAUAUUAUGAAGCUAAAAAUCGGAAUUGUGGGAUCUUCCGGUUGCGGUAAAAGUUUCGUCGCCAACAUUCUCGGCGCCGAGGGUGGCGUUGAAGGUAACAAACCACCUUAUCGACCCACCCACUCUGUCCGCAUCAUAGAAUUCACCUGCUCCUCGCUCCCCCUCCACAAGUACACGUUGGAUGUGGAUGUCCAACUCUGGGAAGUUGGAGGAGAUCCGUCAACGAAAAUGGUCUGGCCCGGAGUACAGUGGGGGUUGGAUGGCGUUAUCGUGUUGUAUGAUGUCGGAAAGGAAGCCAGCGUUCGGGAGGCGUCGACCUAUUACAUGUCUUGGGUGACCCAUUCACCCACCGGAUUGACCCCGGCGCAAUGUAUCCUGAUCGGUAACAAAUUUCGAGGAUCGGCCGAACAUGGGCCGCAAAGAGUCGUAGGCGUCCCUCCUCGAAGUCAUCACGUCGCUGUGAACAUCGAAGACGACCCGACCCGAUUACGUGACGAGGUUAAGACCUUCAUUGCUCGCGUGGCGCAGCAAGUUAUCGAUUUAGAGAAGGCGAACCUUAUCACUCCUGAUCCUUCAAAAACUAUGAUUUCACGAAAAUUUACACCCGUUGAGUUUCACCUGUUCCAAAAACAAGGGGAACCGGAAGGGCAAAAACUAGAAAAGCGACAACAAAAACGACACGAUGAAUUUAUUAAGCAAGAUAUCGUGCAAGAGUUUCAAUUUUAUGAUGAUAAGCAUGACUCCAAGAUGCCACGCCACAAACGCUCGUCAUCAUCAUCUUAUCGAAAUCAUGAACCUUCUACAAAUGUGGAGCGUUCCACCCGAAGUCGAACUAUUGUAAAUAGAGCUAUCAUUAACUUAAAUCCGAACGUUAAUCGGAUCUAAUUAAUUAAUUUGUAAAUAUUUACAAAAUAAUUAAAUUGAAUGAUUUGCAUGCCAUUUGUAUGAAUUUUGGAUUAUUUAAAUUGGUAAAGUUUUAAUUAGGAGAUAGGGAAUCAAAUUAUAUAUGUUUAUAUAUGUUUCUUAAUUGGUGUAUUAAGGUUAUCAUGUUCAUGUUAUGCAAACUUAAUUGUCCUCUGUUCUUAUCAUGUUCUUAUUAUUCUGUCCUGUUCUUCCGAUGAGAACACAAAAUCAAUCCACACUGCCCCAACACACCGCCAUCCAGCAUUAUCUACUCAGCAGUGCACAGAUCAUAGUCCACCACCGGCAUUUAAUUUUUAAUUUAAAAUUAUCCUCAUUCCUCAUCAAUUAAUUAGUAACCAUCAAUUAAACAGUAAUUUAUCACACGUUACUUGACAUAUUGACGAUAA